UUCGAACUCUUGGACCUCUGCAAAGCGUCUAUAAAAAUGGCGGACAACGAGGAUAAAAAGCUCUACACAUUUGACGAAGUAAAAAACCACAAUAAAGCAGGAGGAUGCUGGCUAGUUAUACACAACAAAGUAUUUGAUGUGACAAAGUUUUUAGACGAGCAUCCAGGAGGCGAGGAGGUUCUUCUUGAGCAAGCAGGUGGAGAUGCUUCUGAAAGCUUUGAGGAUGUUGGCCACUCAUCUGAUGCUAGAGAAUUAAUGAAUGAAUAUUGUAUUGGUGAAUUGAGAGAGGCUGAUAGGAAAGACGAUGUAAAGCCCAAGAACACUGCCUACCCAGCUCCUGAUAAUAGUGAAGGAUCUUCAUGGAUUCAAUCAUUUCUUCUUCCUGCAGCGGUUGUGGUUGCCAUUGCUAUUAUCGCCUACAAGGUCAUGAUGUAGAGUCCGUGGAAUGGUGCUUCCUGCUGUUAUCAACGUUUUAUGGUUUACAUUUGGAAAUGGACAAUAACUUACGUUAUAGGUUAGUUGCAGGGCUCGCCUUUCCCAUGGACAAACACCAUUGACUUAUGUCGAAGUCUCUAAUAGUGUAGUAAUUUAACUAUUGACAUUCAUCAUUUAUGCUUCUGUACUCGUUUUUAAAGAUAGCAAUCUAUGAAAUAAAAAAAUUAACAAAUGUCAA